CACAACAACUCUUCAUCUUUCUGUUGUCUUCGUUUGUCCGAAAAUCCCCCAAAAUCAAACUCAAAUAAAACCAAAAACCCUAAUUUCAGUAGCCAGCCCUUUCAUUCAACGAUCAAUGGGGCUGAAACUAUUCGAGGGUAGUGACUCGGAAAACGACGACGUAUCAAGGAUCCAGAUCGACCGCGAGUACGCUCGUAGAUACGAGCACAACAAGAAACGCGAGGACCUCCAUCGCCUCCAAGAGCUUAAGAAGAAAGGUCUCGUCCAACCCUGCCAGUCAGAAUCAUCAUCUUCUUCUUCGGAUGAAGACGAAGAUGGUUUCGUCAUUUUGAGCAAGAAGGAUAACGAAUUUUUUGAGGCACUGAUCAAGGUAAAGAAGCAAGACCCUGUUAUUAAGAACAAAGAUGUCAAGCUAUUCGAAUCCGACAAAGAAGAAGAAGAAGAAGAAGAAGAUGGGAAGGAUAUGAAGAGUAAGAAGAAGGCGAUGUAUUUGAAGGAUGUUGUGGCUAAGCAGUUGAUAGAGGAGGGUCCUGAGUUUGACGAUGAAGAAAGGGAAGCGAAUAUGGAGGAGGAGAAGAAGAAAAGUUACGUGGAGGAGCAAGAGGAUAUAAGGAGGGAGUUUUUGGAGGCAGCAGCGCAGGAGGAUAGAGGGGAAGAUUUGUUUAGAAUAAAGGAGAAGAAGGAGGAGGAGGAGGGGGAGGAGACGGGUGAGAAUGGUGACUUUGUGAGGAAGUUGGAUGAGUAUUUUGGUGGGGAUGGGGAAGUAGAUGAGGGUAAUAAGUUCUUAAAGGAGUUUUUUAGGAAUAGGAUGUGGGUGGAUCGGGAAAUGGAGGGUGGGGAGAUUGGGGAGGAGGAAUUGGAGCGUGUAUCCGAGGAUGAGAGGGAGAUUGAGAGGCAAGAGGAGUACGAGUACCGGUUUCAGGAGAAUGCGGGGGAUAGAGUGGUGGGUCAUGCUCGGAAAGUGGAGGGGUCGGUGAGGAAGAAGGCGAACUCAAGGAAAGAGCAGAGAAAGAGUAAAGAAGAGAGGAUGGAGGCGGCAAGGAUAGAGAGGGAGGAGGAGUUGAAGCAUUUGAAGAAUUUAAAGAAGGAGGAGAUGGACGAGAAGGUGAGGAAGAUACUGAGGACAGCGGGUAUUAGGGAGGAUGAGGUUGUGCCGUUGAGUAGAAAGGAGUUGGAAGAGGAGUUUGAUCCAGAGGAGUAUGAUAGAAUGAUGAAGGCUGCGUUUGGUGAGGAAUACUAUGAGGAGGAGGAUGCAGACCCAGAGUAUGGUAGCAAAAGGGAUGAAGAUGAGGGUGAGAUUGAGAAGCCGGAUUUUGACGAAGAAGAUGAGUUACUUGGACUUCCGAAAGGUUGGGAUGAGUGUGGGCCUGGUGAUGGGUUUUUAGCUGCUAGGGAAAGGAGUUUGAAGCGAAAGGUGGGUAAUGAGGGCGAAAGUGAUCAAGAAGAAGAAGAAGAAGAAGAAGAAGAAGAUGCUGAGAAAGGUAAGCGGAAGAGGAAGCGUAAAAAGAGUGCAAUUUUGGAGAAAGCAAAAGAGGCUAUGAUGGAGGAGUAUUAUAGGUUGGAUUAUGAGGACACGAUUGGAGACUUGAAGACGCGGUUCAAAUAUGCGAAAACAAAACCUAAUAGAUAUGGAUUGAGUGCUGAAGAGUUAUUGGUGAUGGAUGAAAAGGAGUUGAAUCAGUUCGUUUCUUUGAAAAAGCUUGCUCCUUAUAGGGAGAAGGAAUGGAAGUUGAGCAAUGAAAAGAGAUUCCAACUAAAAAUGAGAACUAAAGAACUUCUCCGGGGUGGAAAAUUGGAUGAACAGAAGGGUGGUAAGAAGAAGAGGUCCAGGGAUAACGCUGAAAAAUCAAUUUCACUAGGGAGUGCCGUGGAAGAUGGGAAAGCACAAUUCCAGGAAUCAAAUGGUGAUUUAAGUAGUUUAUCCAGGCAAGCUAAGAGAAGGAGACGCCAAGCUGAAGUUAAACUCUCUCAUUCGAGGCUCAUGGCAUAUGGGAAGAUACCUUCCAAAUCUAAAAGGAAAGCAAAGCACUGAACGUCACCGUUGAUUCAUUGAGGCAGUAGACAGGACUUUGUUUAAGAUUCAUCAAAUGUUGGACUUUAUAUGAGCAAACAAGGCCAGAGAAUGGACUACAGAAGGGUAUAUGAUGCGAAACUAACUACAAGGGUUUGUUUUUGGGUUUUUGGGAUUGAAGAGAAUGAACAAAGUGGGGGAGGGGUUUGCCCCAAAUGCAAGAUUUCCUUGUAGAGAGGCAUGAGGCAAGAAAUGGUGUUAAGUAUGCUUUUGGAUGAUUUUGGGAAUGGAAAGCAUAGCAACAGAACCAAGCAGAAAUGCCGGUGCAUCCAAAUCAUCGGCGUUUCUUUUUGUUUAUUUUAUGGACCAUACAUGCUAAAUUUAUCUUUGGAUAGAGAAUUUAGCUAUUUAUCCAUAUCUAAUUUAGAUAUGAUUUGUUAUA